AUGUGUGGAAUUUUCGGAUACAUCAACUACCUGGUCGAGAAGGACCGCAAGUACAUCCUCGACACUCUCGUUAACGGUCUAUCGCGCCUCGAAUACAGAGGAUACGACUCCGCAGGUCUCGCCAUCGAUGGCGACAAGAAGAACGAGGUCUUCGCCUUCAAGGAGGUCGGCAAGGUCGCCAAGCUGAAGGAGCUCAUCGCUACCGAGCAGCCAGACCUUACCAAGGUCUUCGACAACCACGCCGGUAUCGCACACACUCGAUGGGCCACCCACGGUCCCCCAAGCAGAACCAACUGCCACCCGCACCGAUCAGACCCCAAGUGGGAGUUCGCUGUCGUUCACAAUGGUAUCAUCACGAACUACAAAGAGCUGCGAGCACUGCUUGAGACCAAGGGCUUCAAGUUCGAGACAGAGACGGACACAGAGGCGAUCGCCAAGCUCGCCAAGUACAUCUUCGACCAGCACCCAAACAUCGAAUUCACCACUCUGAUGAAGGCUGUGAUCAAGGAGUUGCAGGGUGCAUUCGGUCUGCUCAUGAAGAGCGUCCGCUUCCCAGGCGAGGUUGUGGCUGCCCGCAAGGGUUCCCCGCUAGUCGUUGGUGUGCGCACACAGAAGAAGAUGAAGGUUGACUUCGUCGACGUUGAGUUCGGCGAGGGUGGUGAUGUCCUCCCAGCUGAGCAGGCAUCCCAGAACGUUGCUCUCAAGAAGAGCAAUGGCCUUCUUGGCGGCAACCUCCUCGCACCGCCAGACAAGUCCCUCCUCCACCGCUCGCAAUCGCGUGCCUUCCUCUCCGACGAUGGUGUCCCACAGCCAACCGAAUUCUUCCUCUCCUCCGACCCAGCCGCUAUCAUCGAGCACACCAAGAAGGUGCUUUACCUGGAGGACGACGAUAUCGCCCACAUCCACGAGGGCCAGCUCAACAUUCACCGUCUGUCCAAGACCGAUGGCACUAGCAACGUCCGCGCCAUCCAGACCAUCGAGAUCGAGCUCCAGGAGAUCAUGAAGGGCAAGUUUGACCACUUCAUGCAAAAGGAGAUCUUCGAGCAGCCAGAGUCAGUUGUCAACGCCAUGCGUGGUCGUUUGAACGUGGAAGAGAAGACGGUCACGUUGGGUGGUCUCAGACAAUACAUCAGCACAAUCCGCCGCUGCAGACGUCUGAUCUUCAUCGCCUGCGGUACAUCGUUCCACUCCUGCAUGGCUGUCCGUGGAGCUUUCGAGGAGUUGACCGAUAUCCCGAUCUCGGUCGAGCUUGCAUCCGACUUCCUCGACCGCAAGGCACCAGUCUUCCGUGACGACACUGUCGUGUUCGUCUCGCAAUCUGGUGAGACCGCAGACUCGCUCAUGGCCCUCCGCUACUGCUUGGAGCGUGGCGCCCUGACUGUUGGUAUUGUCAACGUUGUCGGCUCCAGCAUCUCGCUCAUGACCCACUGCGGUGUCCACAUCAACGCCGGACCAGAGAUCGGUGUGGCAUCCACCAAGGCCUACACUUCGCAAUUCGUCUGCAUGAUCAUGUUCGCACUUUCCCUCUCAGAGGACCGCGCAAGCAAGACACAGCGACGAAUGGAGAUCAUGGAAGGUCUUGGCAAGAUCUCGGAGCAGUUCAAGCAGAUCCUCAAGAUGGACCAGGAGAUCAAGGAGCUUUGCCUCAAGUUCAAGGACCAGAAGUCUUUGCUCUUGCUCGGCCGUGGUGCCCAGCACGCUACCGCGCUCGAGGGUGCUCUCAAGAUCAAGGAGAUCUCAUACCUUCACUGCGAGGCUGUCAUGUCUGGUGAACUGAAGCACGGUGUCCUCGCGCUCGUCGACGAGAACCUCCCGAUCGUCAUGAUCCUCACUCGCGACGACAUCUUCGCCAAGUCCCUCAACGCAUACCAGCAAGUCAUUGCUCGCAAGGGUCGACCAAUCGUCAUCUGCAACACUGGUGACAAGGAGUUCCCCGGCGACAAGACCGAUAAGAUCGAGGUUCCACACACAGUUGACGUUCUGCAGGGCCUGCUGAACGUCAUCCCACUCCAGCUUAUGGCCUACUGGUUGGCUGUCGCAGAAGGCCUGAACGUGGAUUUCCCACGUAACUUGGCUAAGUCUGUGACUGUCGAGUAG